GUCACGGGCUUGGGCCGCCAUUUUGACUGAGCAACCAUAGUGACAGGAGCCGGAGCAGCAGCUCAGGUUGUCCCCGUUUCCCCUCCCCCUUCCCUUUUCCGGCUGACUUCCCGGGCCCUGCAUUACACAGUCCCGGUCCUGCCAUGUCCCAGAAACAAGAAGAAAACCCUGCGGAGGAGACCGGCGAGGAGAAGCAGGAUACACAGGAGAAAGAAGGGAUUCUCCCUGAGAAAGCUGAGGAGGCAAAGCUAAAGGCCAAAUAUCCAAGCCUAGGACAAAAGCCUGGAGGCUCCGACUUCCUCAUGAAGAGACUCCAGAAAGGGCAAAAGUACUUUGACUCAGGAGACUACAACAUGGCCAAAGCCAAGAUGAAGAACAAGCAGCUGCCGAGUGCAGGAGCAGACAAGAACCUGGUGACCGGUGACCACAUCCCCACCCCACAGGACCUGCCCCAGAGAAAGUCCUCGCUCGUCACCAGCAAGCUUGCGGGUUGCCCUGCUUCUCAAGGAAUGUAAAGUUUAACGGACGUUAGCUACUUAUGAAAAAAAUGGUAUCUUUUAUCUUCCAGCAUGUUGCUUUUUGAAAGUAUUAUGGGCUAAUUGAAAGAGUUUUACUUGGGCUAUAGUUCUUGUCAUGCUCAACAGCACUGAUGUGUGAGCUUGGCCUGGUCCGUAGCCUCUCUGGAUUCUGUUCCUCAUCUGUAACAGAAGGAAACAUGUGUGGGCUAAUUCUGACUCUAAGGUCCUACACCUGCCAUACCCUCUGGUCAUCAGAAAACCAAAAUUGAGGCAGGCCGUGGCUGAGCCUCAGCUCUGUAAAGCCAGAAGUGCUAUAUGGGAUGAGUGAGAAAGUUUGAGAUUUAAGGGCCAUAGCUUCCAACAACAAUCUCCUAGGUAUCAUAGCCUUGUUGAGAGAGAUGGAGAACAGAUCUGAAAAGUCUGGCUCUGGAUGUGUUUUGACUCUGCCCACUUUCCUGGGUCUGCUGUUGACCCUAGCUGCUACAAACCUGCUUUGGUAGCAGAAUGGAUGGGCCUGAGGAGAUAGACGGGCUCAUUGAGGAGGCAUCACGCGUCAGAUGUAGUGAGACACUAGGUGUAUGUUAAGCAUGGAGGAAGAAGGGAUGAAGGGAGCUGGUUCCCAGAGCUUAGAGCUACUGCCAGCUGGAGCAUCUGGUCCUUAGCAGAUGAUUCACUGGUGGAGGCUGGAAAGAGGGUGCAGGGAGGGAGGCAGCAGCCUGUCUUGCUGUGUCAUCACUAGUUUGGCCUGGAUCUUACUGAAUGCCACCUGCUCGUCAUCAGCAGAGAGGGCCAGAGUGAGAACUGCUCAAAAGAACAGGAUGGUGCAGUCUCUCUCCUCUUUACAGAUUCCAGUGUGCCCUUAGGAUGUCUGUCGAGUUUGUGGAUAUGUGUGUUAGGGGGAAAGACAUGUAAAUAUGCUCUCCUCCUGACUGGCCACUGCCCAGGUCUCUGGCCAUCAUUCAGAUUGAUUAGAAAUAGGUUGGUGAGGAAGGAGUGGAGAGAGCAGGAUCCCUGGUCUCCCUGGCCCCCAAACUCCUUGACUCUCAUUUGUAAUUGUAUAUAAUUUUUGUGUUUUUUGCUCCAUUUUCUCAUGCUGUCAUCCUUAAUCAGAAGUCCAUGUGGGAAGGGGACAAAGCUGAACAUCAUUGUAUAGUUUCUUCAGUGUCCCAGCCAUUGUUGUACAUAGAUAUGUCAUGUUAUUAUAUAUAUAAAUAUAUAUAUAAUUUUGUACGUUUUCUUCAUCUC